AUCAAGGAGUCGUUCUCACACACGAUACAGAACAGUUUAUUAUUGGUCAAAAAGUAUGGGUUGGCGGCAUACGUCCCGGUCAGAUAGCCUACAUUGGCGAGACACAUUUCGCACCCGGAGAAUGGGCUGGUAUCGUACUGGAUGAACCAAAUGGCAAAAACGAUGGCUGCGUCGCUGGUAAACGUUACUUUCAGUGUGAACCAAAGCGUGGUAUUUUCUCACGCCUCACGCGUCUAACUUUGGCGCCGCUUUCCGGCGCACAAACGCCCACUUCUCCGCUAUCCAAAAUGUCGCCAGAUCGUUCACGCACAGUGUCACCAACUGCCAGCGUGCGGAGCUCGUUCCUACGGAGUCCUAGCAAAAAUGGAUUGACAGUAGGUGAUCGCAUUAUUGUGUCAUCUGGUUUUGGCAGCCGUCCUGGUAUUUUACGUUAUUUGGGCGAAACACAGUUUGCUUCGGGCAAUUGGUGUGGCGUGGAAUUAGAUGAACCUUCGGGUAAAAACGAUGGCUCUGUGGAUGGUGUAAGCUAUUUCGAAUGCAAACCAAAAUAUGGAGUAUUUGUUCCGAUCGCCAAAGUCUCACUGUCACCUUCGUCGAAGAAAUCGCGACUUUCCAGAACGGGCUCCCGAGAAUCUCUAACUUCCAUUGGCACAAUGAACAGCAUUGCCACAACGAAUACAUCACGCUUGCGCAUGAGUGCACAGCGCAAACCUUUGUCAAUCAAGCCGAUCGUUGCCACACCAAAAUCUCAAUAUUCCAUGCAGGAUUUACUACAUGAGAAACAAAAACAUAUUGAGCAGUUGAUGAUAGAACGGGAGCUGGAUCGUGAGGACUGCCAGAAUCAAGCGCUACAAUACCAAAAGAAUAUUAACGAGGUAAUUAUCUACGAAGACACGCUAUAUGCACCGGUCGUGUAUGCCGAUAAGAAACGGCCCUUCCGCUUAACACGGCUACGAUUGCCUACAAUACCGCCGCGACCGUCGUCGUCACGUUCAACGCGAUCGUCGCAAUCACCAACACCCGUUUCACCGCCGAAGAAACGUUCAUCGUUGGUGCAGCAAUGGACGCAAUCGCGCUCUCCAACGCCGCCAACGAAGAAAGUUUGGUUUUGGUUAAAUUGAUUACAAUUUCUUAGUAAAAAGAAAGAAAGAAAAACAGAAGGCAAUAAUAAUUGUGAGAUAUAUUAAGCAAUGCAGUCCCAGUACAAAUGGCACUGGUCUAGAUAAAGAAAGGGCUCUAAGGUGCUUGAUAAAUUCUUUAUUUGGAGGGUUUGUUUGUACACAAAUAAAUGCACACACAAAACGCAUAAAUGCAUACAUACAUACGCAAUACAUAUAAACCACAUGUGCAUACUUACUAUGACUACAUCUACACCUCAACUUUUUUUGCAAAAAAGUUUCGCAUGCCACCAUGUUAACAUUUGUUUAAAAUAAUUGGCCAUAAGUGUUUACAAAUUAUAUUCAAAUUCUUUUGUUUACUAUUGUUUACCAUCGAGUGCUCUUGUAUAUUCAACCUGUUUUUGAUUUAGGGUGCGAUAUGUAGAUAUGUGUUUAAUGAAUGGCCUAAUAUGGUUAUCUCUCAAUCAUUGUUACCACUCGAAAUAUUGUUGUUUGCGGUCUAACAUUUCAAUUAACAAAUAUUUGUUACUUUUGUCUCGUAUUUUUGUUUGUUUUUGUUAGCUGUAAGCGUUUGUAAAUAAACCUACACAAUCACCUGUGCAGACACAUUUUGGGAACUUUCCAGACAUGCGAACAUACAUACAUACAUACAUACGUACAUACUACACAAUUAUUUUUUGCCAACUUUUGCGCCAGUCACGUUUUUCAAUUGGCCUACGCGAGGAGUACUAUUUUGCAAUUAUAGUUAAGCUUGAAUUGGUCGCUGAGAAAACUACAUAAAUACAUAUUGUGUGCAAUAUGAUCAUAAUAGUUUGGAGCUGCAAUUACGAAAACAAAAGUUAAUCGCGGAAUUUCUUAGCUAAGGUGAAAUAUGUACAUACGUACAUACAUAUACAUAUUUGACAAUAUUAGCGCUUCUCAGACUAUUCCACGCGUGCUACUUUCCUUAAAAAACAUUUUGAAUAGUAAGGAUGUAUGUAUAAUCUUACGAAAAUAGAUCUUCGGAAUUAAAUGCCCAAAAUACAUGCUAAAGAAGAUUCUCCUCUGAAGUAAGCUACGGAAUUUUUAGUAAGACGAAAUGCUGUCAAUGCCAAAAUUUUUGACAAGUUUUUGAAGAUAAAUUUUUGAUGCGUACAUACAUAGAUCU